AUGACGUCGGCACAGCUGCAGAAAAAGAGGGAGGAAUUCUGGGACACGCAACCACAUUAUGGAGGAGACCGAAACAUCUGGGACGCGCUCAAGGCUGCAUGCGAUGCAGAUCCGGAGACCUGCAAGUUGGUGAUUGAGAGCGCGGGCAUCAUCGUCGCCGCUGCGGACAUGUCUGUGUGCUACGAUGAGCGCGGCGCAAAGUACGAGCUGCCCAAAUACGUUCUGAGCGACCCAGUCAACCUCAUAAAAGAAUGA